AUGUUAGUAAAUUCCAUUAAAAUGAAAUUAAGAGACGAUUUAAAAUAUAUUAAACCAUAUGAUUAUAUUUAACUACAGAAUUUAAUUUAACAAAGUUAUUUUGAUUAGGUAUUCUUUUAGAAGAACUUUAGGUUUCAGCUAGGAAAUAGACAAAAAAUGAUGUUAUAAACUUGAGUGUGUUCAAAAUUAUAAUAUUAUUUUAAAGAUCUUCAUUCUAAUACAAAAACCCUUGA